CCUGGAACCAAACCCGAUGGAGGAGGGGGGCCCCCCAUGGAUCUAGGGGGGAGGGGAAAACCAUGAGGGGCACCCCCGCCCCGAACCCCUUUCCCAGGCGCGAGUGCUCCGCUGAAAGAAGCGCAAAGAAACACUUUCCCCGGGUGCUGCUGGCUGGGGGGCCCGUCUGGCUUAGAAAAGAGAGUUGGCAGAGGGAGCGGACUACGUGCCAGGCCAUGGCCCUUCAGCCCGGGCCCUGGCCACAAUGACCUCUUUGCCCUGCCCGCUCGCCGGCCGGGACGCCUCCAAAGCUCUCUUCCCAGACCUUGCCCCCGUCCCGUCGGUAGUGGCUGCCUACCCGCUUGGCCUGUCCCCUACAACCGCAGCCUCCCCCGAUUUGUCUUACUCCAGGCCGUAUGGCCACCUCCUGUCCUACCCCUACACCGGGCCAGCGAAACCCAGAGACUCCUACCUGCCCUGCCAGCAACCGGCGGCGCUCCCUCAGCCCCUCUGCGGCCCUGCAGAGCACCCUCAGGAACUCGAGGCAGACUCGGAGAAGCCGCGGCUGUCCCCGGAACCCUCGGAGCGGCGCCCGCAGGCCCAGACCAAAAAGCUCCGCAAGCCGAGGACCAUCUACUCCAGCCUGCAGCUGCAGCACCUAAACCAGCGUUUCCAGCACACGCAGUACCUGGCGCUGCCCGAGAGGGCCCAGCUGGCAGCGCAGCUUGGCCUCACGCAGACCCAGGUAAAGAUCUGGUUUCAGAACAAACGCUCUAAGUAUAAGAAGCUCCUGAAGCAGAAUUCUGGGGGGCCAGAAAGAGACUUCCCUGGGAGGACCUUCUCCGUGUCUCCCUGCUCCCCACCCCUCCCCUCCCUCUGGGAUCUGCCCAAGGCAGGGACCCUGCCCCCCAGUGGCUAUGGCAGCAGCUUUGGAGCCUGGUAUCAGCAUCACUCCUCAGAUGUCCUGGCUUCGUCUCAGAUGAUGUGAGUCUGGGGAAGGGCUGAUCAGGCCCCGAGCCCUCCUGCAAAGCCCAGGACCCAGGCCAUCUGCCUGCACCUUCUCUGGGCUGGGAGGAAACCACCUCCAGAUGGGUUUUCUCUGGAGGACAAGGAGCUAGAGGAGAAAAAGAGCGGAGUCUGUGCCCCUAAAUCACGGACCUUGGCCAUAACUGUUGUCCCGACCACCACCAUGGACUGGACACUUUCACUCCAGCAGGACAGAGGCUCUGGAGAGAGAGCCAUUGGCUGGGGUUGAGACUGUCCCCAGGACCCUUGAUCUUGCCACUUCCCC